CAUCAAGUGGAAAGGAUUUUAGUAAUUGAUGCUGACGUCGGUUCAGUGUCAAAUUGCCAAGUUUUGAUUUUUGUCAAUUUUGUUUCAUCAAUAUCUAGACUGAAAAGAAAUCCCGAUAUUAUCUUACAGAUGUGGAUACAGUACUCCGGGGACUAAAAAAAAAAAAAGACUCAUCCAAGACCACAGCGUUUUUCAAGGGGGGAGAGGAACUCAGAACAGACUGGAUGAUUGGAUGACUCGCCUCCUGAACGGACCAUGAUCUGAAGGCCCUGACACGAGGCCUCGCUCUUUCUUCCUGUCCUUUUUUUUUCCCCCUCUGUCGUGGAAGCAGCGCCCAGCUGCCCCGGACAGGUGAAGCAGCAACAGACAGACAGACGGAGAGACAGAGAGAGAGAGAGAGAGAGAAAGAAGUGAACACACAGUCAAGCACCUAAUCGGCAGCCGCUCACCUGCACUCCCCUCAGGACAGACACGACCUCAGACACCGACCACGUCCCCCACGCGUCGCCCUUCAGCACAGAGCAGCCAUGGGGAGGAAAAAGAUUCAGAUCCAAAGGAUCACAGAUGAGCGAAACAGACAGGUGACAUUUACCAAGAGGAAGUUUGGUCUGAUGAAGAAGGCCUACGAACUGAGCGUGCUGUGUGACUGCGAGAUCGCCCUCAUCAUCUUCAACCACUCCAACAAACUUUUCCAGUACGCCAGCACAGACAUGGAUAAGGUGCUGCUCAAGUACACAGAGUACAACGAGCCGCACGAAAGCCGGACGAACGCAGACAUCAUCGAGACGUUGCGAAAGAAAGGCUUUAAUGGUUGCAACAGUCCGGAGCCUGACGGAGAGGACUCCAUUGACCAAAGUCCCUUACAGGACGACAAGUACCGGAAGAACGAGGAGCUGGACAUCCUCUUCAAACGAUAUGGCUCUGCAGUGCCACCGCCCGCUUUCUCCAUGCCAGUCACAGUUCCCGUGUCCAAUCAGAGCCCUCUGCAGUUCAGCAACCCCAGCAGUGCCCUCGUCACCACCUCCUUCGUCACGUCCACGCUCACAGAUCCCCGCCUCCUGUCGCCACAGCAACCAGCUCUCCAGAGGAACACAGUGUCUCCUGGGUUACCACAGCGACCAGCCAGCGCAGGGGCUCUUUUAGGAGGUGACCUCAACAACUCAAAUGGAGCAUGUCCGAGCCCAGUGGCGAAUGGGUACAUCAGUGCCAGGGCCUCCCCAGGACUCCUCUCCGUGUCCAACGGCAACAGCAUGGGGAAAGUAGUUCCGGCCAAGUCUCCACCUCCGCCCAGUCCUCAGAUGGUGAACAGCCGCAAGCCGGACCUCCGGGUCAUCACUUCCCAGAGCGGAAAAAGCCUGAUGCAGCUGAAUGCUCAGCGGUUAGGCGCCUCUCAAGUGACCCAGCCGCUCACCACACCGGUGGUCUCCGUGGCAACGCCGAGCCUCCUGACUCCAUUUUCCAUGCCCACAGCCUACAACACAGAGUAUCAGCUGACAAGUGCAGAUCUUACAGCACUCCAGGCUUUCACGCCGCCGGGUGCGCUGUUGCCUGGUAACAUGUCCACUUGGCAACAGCAGCAGCAACAGCAGCAGCAGCAGCAAGCAUCGGUAUCCCAGCAACCGCAACCACAGCAACAGCAACAACCGGCACCACAGCAGCUGAGUCUGGCCUCUCUCAGUAACCUUGUGCCCGCAGGUCAUAUACCUCAGGGUGGUACGCUGACUGUCAACACUAACCCCAACGUAAGCAUCAAGUCCGAGCCGGUGUCACCCAACCGGGACCGCAGCACCCCCAGCUCCACCGCUGCGGCCGCGGGGGCGGGGUCGGGCAUGGCGGGCGUGGCCCAGUACCCAGGAGCGCUGCGCUUGGAACCGACGGGCCGCUCUCCCGUCGACAGCCUCAGCAGCAACGGCAGCUCGUACGAGGGCAGCGACCGGGACGACAACGGCCAGCAGCGGGGGGCCGAUUUCGGCUCCAACAUGGGUCUCCUCAGGCCCUCGGGAGAAGCCACGACGGAGCAGGAAGGAGCCAACGUGAAACGCAUGAGACUGGAUACCUGGGUUACAUAAAUACACACAUAUACACGUUGGCGUGUAGAGAGGGAGG